AUGUCUUCCCCUUCUCAGACAAGUUCUAGCGCCGUCCCUACGAGUACCGGGAACAAUGGAGAUGGAAGCGGGGGCGGUGGUGGACCGACAAGUUCUCCUCUCCUGUUCUUUGUUGCCCUGGGCUUUGGUGUUGUCUUCACAAACUUGUGGAUUAUCGUUGGUGUGAAGUACUGUUUCCGAUACAAUCAACGAAAUCGUCAGCUACGAAAUGAAGAAACCGGUGAACCUAUUGACUUGAUGAGUGCGCCAAGGACUCAUAGAAGAAGGAGAGAGAAAAAGCUGAUGACCAUGGAGGAAGUCAACGAGCGAUUUCCUCUUAUGAAGUAUAAAGCUUGGCGGUCGUCUCGUCUCGACAAAGGCCUUCCAAGUGCGGGCGGGAUAAUGGCGCCAUCCAGCAGACCACAGACACCGAAGAAUGAGAAUAGAGAUAUUUCACCUGCUAUAGAACCGGUGCUUGCCGACUCGCAGUCAGCAGCGCCAACUGCAUCCACACCUACCAAAGGUCGUGAAUGCCAUGAUCCCAAUCCAAUAGAGCCGUCUAGUCUUGUUGAACACGCCGAAAACUUAACUGUCAAAACAGACGAGAAGGCUGCCACCGACACUGGCAUGCUGGUUGAAUCUUCGAGAUCGGACAUGGCUUGUGACCCCUCUGGAAAGGGCUCGCAGAUCCAUCCACAGAAGCAGUCACAGGCCUUCGAGGAUGAUGACGAUGAUGAUCAAAUCCGAAUGGCCGUGUCGGCAGAAUUGUUACCUAGUCCAGGUGAUUCAUGUGCAAUAUGUCUAGACCUCAUCGAAGACGAUGAUGACAUACGAGGUCUUACAUGCGGUCAUGCAUUCCAUGCAUCCUGUGUGGACCCUUGGUUAACAAGCCGGCGGGCAUGCUGUCCGCUCUGCAAAGCUGAUUACUAUGUUCCAAAACCACGUCCCGAAGGUCCUGAAACUGUGUUGGAAGCUGAGCGCCUUGGGCGUCGGACCACAGGCCGAACUAAUACACCAAACCCGCCACAGGCUGUGCUUAUUGGUGGUCGUGCAAAUCCGUUCAGAGCGAGGAUAGUACUCCCCGGGCGGUUUAUGGCGAUAGUUCCCUCUGAGGAAAGGGAUGGAUCUUCUCGACAUGUACAGGACGGUAGAAGCCCAUGGCAUACGCAAAACUACUCGAGCAACAGCCGUGACACUCCAAAUACAGUUAUUGAUGGAACCGAGGCGCGAAACUGGAGGACAAGAUUAGCAGCUGUUCGAGUACUUAGAUCAUCCUUUCGUUCAUCCAAUGGUCUUAGCCGCGAACGCCCCGCGCAUGGCAAUCACUCACCAUUGCGUACUCCGGUGGCUGGGGAGGAAACUCCUACCCCUCGUCAGCUCGAAUCCGGAUCUACCACCUGA